ACUCGGCCCUGUUAUUGAGUUUGUUAUGACAAGUCGAGGCCUCGGACUAAAUUAGGAGCGAAGCCCCCGUGUGCGUCCGGGCGAAUCCGUUAUGGAGGGCAUGGAACUGGACCUGGACCUGGACCAGGAGCUCAUGCAGAAAUUCAGCUGCAUGGGUACAACGGAUAAAGAUAUCUUAAUAUCGGAAUUUCAGAGGCUUCUCGGGUUUCAGCUCAACCCCGCCGGAUGCGCCUUCUUUCUGGACAUGACCAACUGGAAUUUACAGGCAGCCAUUGGAGCCUACUAUGACUUUGAGAGUCCCAACAUCAGCGCGCCGUGCAUGUCCUUUGUAAAAGAUGUGACGAUUGGUGAGGGUGAAUCAGUUCCACCUGACACACCUUUCACGAAGACCUGGAGGAUACAGAACACAGGUGCAGAGUCGUGGCCUCCUGGGGUUUGUCUGAAGUAUGUCGGAGGAGAUCAGUUUGGUCACGUAAACAUGGUGAUGGUGCGUUCCCUGGACCCCCAGGAAAUGACUGACGUUAGUGUGCAGAUGCAAAGCCCUGUGUCUCCUGGCAUGUACCAAGGCCAGUGGAGAAUGUGUACAGCUACAGGUCUUUACUAUGGAGAUGUAAUCUGGGUGAUCCUGAGUGUGGAGGUCGGAGGCCUCCUCGGAGUCACACAGCAGCUCUCGUCUUUCCAAGCGGAAUUCAACACGCAGCCUCAUCGCAGCCUGGAAGGAGACUACAACCCCUUCGCCUCACCAGAGAAGAGCAAGUGCCCCAACAGCAACAACAACAGCCUCCACGAUGACAGCGGCCACAGAGCUGCAGAUCAGCAUUGGCAGGGAAACCCACACCAGCUACAGCAAGACCAGAACGAACUUUCACACAACUCUGUGGAUAUAGUAGCAAACAGUCUACAAAGCAAUCUAUCAGUAGUCUCUUAUAACCAGGGUAUACAGGAGCCCUAUCCCUUUGGGCACUCUUAAACGAUGGGACUUGUCACAGUGAAGCAGCACUAAAAUCGUACCUCUGGAGUCUGUCACACCGAUACGAGGAAGAAGAGGCUUUUAUUUGCUGGUGGAGAGUGUGGAGAUUCAAAAACACUUUAUGCAAAGUCCAUUUACUAUCCAGAGGCCAACGCCGCUCCCGACGUGCAGCUCAACCAACAUCCCACACCCACUGUAUGCACGUGUGAAUGCUAAGUUAAAAAAUGAGUGCUAUGAGUCUUUUUGAGUGAAAACUAUUUUCUUUUAUUUUCCAGAUUUCCUUCUUUUUUUUUUUUUUUUUUUUGUAGCUGUCAGAAUGCACAUGGAACAGUGAUGACAGGAGUGUGUGUGUUCGUGAUCUUUUUCGUGUAGAUGUGUGUGUUAUUGUGCGACCUGAUACAGAGACUUUGGAGGAAAAGCCAUUUAUUUUGCCAACUGAUUCUCCGACUCUUGGUACAUUGGAUUGGAUUUGUGGAUCCUCGGGUCUCGCUAUUACUAAAUCUAAUAACAUUGGCAAUCUCGUAAUUUCUGCUCUUUGUUCUUUAUGUUAACAAACCAUUUUUAAACUAAAGGCUUAUCAGGCUUACGUCUGCUUUUUCUUUUUCCACCUAGCAAUAUAGCGUAACAUAAAUAUAAACCAAGCAAUAUAGGUGAUGCUUUCUUUCUUCAAUUUUUUGAAGUAAUGCAACCUUGCUCCACUGGAGGGAGUCAGCCAUUACUAACAGGAAGAGAAAGAGAAACCUUAUAUACAGGACAGUAAGGUUUAGUCUGGGUAAUGUCACUGGAAUAUGUUUUUCCAGUAUGCCUUCUGUAAACACUUAUUCUUAAUGGAUGUAAGCGAGAAUUUUCUGAUACUGAGUCAUUGCCAUCAGAGCCCAAAUAGUCCUGUGUUAAUUGGUAUCGUUGCUGAAACUCAAAUAUUAGAGUAUUGGUAAAUAUUCUGCCUUCAUUGUCUCAAUCAAAGAUUUUAGUUUUAGUUUAGUUUUCCAUGCUUGAUAAUUCACAUUUUACCCUAAACUAAGCCAUACACACAGCAGUGAAGACUCGACAUUAUAAAAAAAAAAAAAAAACUAAAUACAUUUGUCAUCCUGCUCUGAAUUUUCAAUUGAAAGCUGUCUUUAACUUGUGUAUAACAUGUUAUGUCGAAUGUAUCUGACGAAUGUAGGAGAGGAUAACUUUUUUUUUUUUUUGGAAAUAUAUUCAUUUACCCAAAGAUUCUUCAUUGUAUAUUUGCGUUUCAUUGUUGCAACUUUUGUUCUACGUUUUCCUUUCUCUUCGCUAAAACGACGGGAAGCUCCAUGUUCAAGUUUACGAGGGGUCUCAUCCGCGGUGAGAUGACGGAAUCAGAUCUCGGAGAAUCGUUUCUGCGUAUUUGCUCACGAAACCGGUUCAGCUAUGUGUCGAAUAUUGCGAGUUCCACGACGAGGCCCGUGCAUACUUUUCUCUUCCGCAGUACAGUUAAGUCCCGAAGGUGUUAUCAGCUCUGUGAUUUUAACUGUCGUCCCCCAGUCAGUGUGUUGGAACAGCUCGUCAGUUAAACACCCCCCUUCUGUGAGAAACCGUAAGCCCCAGGGGUACUGAACCUUAACAUGACAAUACCAGCUAAUACCGCAACUUGUCACGAGCAUCCCCGGGCUCUUGCAGCACGCAUUUCCUGUCAGGAAGGUUGAUGAUAAAUGUCUCUCCCUGCCGAGGCAGUUUAUGACAGAGUCAGUUUCGCUGACUCUUCGCGUGAUAUCUCUGAAGUUUCCACUGGCCAGAUGGCAGAAUGAAUCAGUUGGCAUUAGACUCAUACAACAGCACAUUUACAGUACGUGAGUGAGGAAGUGCAAACAGAUGAAAGUUGUUUUUUUUUUUUUUUUUUUUUUUUUCCCUGUUUGACGAAUGUUUGUAUGAUUAAAUUAUCACUGAAAACUAAA